AUGUUUGAUGUAACAUCACGUAUAACUCAUCAAAAUAUUGUCAAUUGGUAUAAUGAUUUAAUUCGUGUUUGUGAAAAUAUUCCAAUUGUUUUAUGUGGAAAUAAAGUCGAUGUCCAAGAUGGAAAAUUACAAGCUGAAUCAAUAACAUUUCAUCGAAAACAUAAUAUACAAUAUUAUAAUAUUAGUGCUCUAUCAAAUUAUAAUUUUGACAAACCAUUUCUUUGGUUUGCACGAAGCUUACUUGGAGUUAAUCAGCUUCAAUUUGUUGAUGCAAUUAAUUUAUCACCAUCUGAAAUACACAUCGACGAGGAAAUGCUUCAAAAAUAUGAACAAGAGAUACAAGAUGCAGCAUCUCAGCCAUUACCUGAGGCUGAUGAUAGCGACUUAUAA